AUGGGGAUUCAAUUAUCGACCAUACAGACACCCCAAUUCCAUGAGUUAUUUGCUGAAGAACUUCCAGAUUACUAUAAUGAACGAAGUCUAGGGGAUUCCCAAUUUCUGCGAACGUUUCGCAUCCUAAAACGGAAAGGAAAUGAAGAAUUAAUCAAAGUUUUUGUGAAUAAGUUGCCGGAAAUCUCACUUACCGCCAUUGUCAAUUCACUACAAGAGGAGCAAGAGAGAAUACUUGAAAGGUCUCCCAACAUCCUCCCGUAUACGAAAACGCUGGUUACAUUGCGGGCUGCUUAUUUAAUGCGUCCUUAUGUAGCACAUAAUUUAUAUGACAGGAUAUCUACUCGUCCAUUUUUAGAUUCUGCAGAAAAGAAAUGGAUUAUGUUUCAAUUACUUAAAGGAAUCUCAGAUUGCCAUAAACAUGGGAUUUGUCACGGUGACAUUAAAACUGAGAACGUACUGGUAACUACAUGGAACUGGGUAUACAUAUCAGACUUCAGCUCAUUCAAACCGACGUUUCUUCCCGAAGAUAAUCCGGCAGAUUAUAGCUAUUUUUUCGAUACUUCUUCUCGCCGCGUCUGUAACAUCGCUCCUGAAAGGUUUGUUCCAAACUCACAAAUUCGCGUAGCUCCCCUUACGCCAGAGAUGGAUAUUUUUAGCUUGGGAUGUGUCUUCGCUGAGCUUCUCUUGGAAGGGUCUCCACUCUUUACUCUCUCACAGCUUUUCAAUUACAAGGCCAACAAUUCUUACGACAUCGCUACCGUUCUUCGUCAGAUCAAAGAUCAAGACACUCAGGACAUGAUUUUGGAGAUGCUUCAAUGUGACCCUACAAAACGUGAUACAGCCGAUAAUUAUUUAAAGCGAUUUCGAGGCACUGUGUUUCCAGAAUGUUUCUAUGCUCCCUUGUAUGAAUACUGCUGUAAAUUAUUAAGUCCACAAACCAUUUCAUACGCAGAGCCCGUCCGAAAUCAGCCGUAUAUUUAUUCUUCUAGAGUGGAUACUAUUUUUAAUGAUUUAAUUCCGUUUGAUGAUGCUUUUUCUAAUGUUUCUAACGACCAUCUAUUAUCUAGAAAAAUGAAUAAUGAUUUUGAAAGCUCGUUUAUUCCUCUUUAUACGUCCUUGCCUGAUGAAUUUGAAACGACAUUUGCUUCGGGCAAAUGGUAUCAACUAUUUUUGGAAAAUUUGAAGAAGUUAAUGGGUGAAAGUGUCCAUUCUGAAAAUACAAGGGGAGUUACUACAAAUAAUAACAGUUAUGAUAGCGAUUAUUCAAAAGCUUCAAUAUAUGCUGCCAGCAUCCUUUUGCCAAUUGUUCUUACUGCUUUACGCCACGUCAGAACUAGAGAAUCAAAGCUGAAUGCAUUAAGGAUUAUAGAGAUAUUAUCCACUAGUAUUCCCGAUGAAGUAAAACUGGAUACAGUCUUGCCUUUUAUAAUGACCCUUGUUGCCGACGAAUUUACAGAUGUGCGGAUUCGAGCUCUGAUAACCAUUACUCGUCUCGUAAGAAAUAUUAGGGCUAUCGCACCUAUCAAUGCAUUUUUAUUUCAAGAAUAUUUGUUUCCAGAUUUACAAAGGUAUUUAUCUGACCCAAGUUCUCGUUGUCGUGCUACUUACGCAUCCUGUCUUCCAGAAUUAGCGAGGCAGGCUUCUAAAUUUGUAAAUCUUGCUCAGUCUCUCAGAAAUGCCGGAAUUUUAUCGUUCCCAGAAUCUGAAUACGAAAACGUAAAUCAUGGCAAAGCAGAAUUAUUAUUUGAAACUGGACGUCAUGAUUUGGUUGUUACGGUAGAAAGACACGUUUCAAUGUUGUUGGCCGAUGGCUCAUCGACUGUGCGAAGAUCCUUACUAAGUGCUCUCCCACCUCUAUGCGUCUUCUUUGGAAAAGCUAAGUCAAAUGAUCUGAUUCUGAGUCAUUUAAUCACUUACCUAAAUGAUACUGAUUGGAUGCUUCGAUCUGCUUUUUUUGAAAGCAUCACUGGCCUCGCUAUAUUCAUCGGUUCUCGCAGUGUCGAUGAGUAUAUCUUGCCUUUAAUGCUACAAGCUUUGGUCGAUCCUGAACCCGCAGUGUUGGAGAGCGUAUUAGAAUCGUUUGCUGCACUCAUUGAGCUUCACUUGUUUGACAAACUCGUUAUCCUUAAGAUCCUUCAUCUCAUUCUACCCUUUUCCAUAAUACCCAAUAUCUAUACUAGGAAGGCUACCCUUUCAGUAAUUUACUCCACCUACAAAUGUUUGGAAGAGGUUGAUCGACAGUGCAUUUUAAUGCCUGUGCUUCUUCCGUAUUUAUUGUCUCCUAUUUACGACAUAAAUAGUCUAGAAGAACUCGAUCUUUUUAUUAUUCCGAUGGUGCCGGCUUCAGUUUGGUCAACACUAACACACUGGUUUGUUGAGUCUGACAACAGCUCUGAAUUUUGGAAGGCUGUUCGCUCACCUAACCUUUCCAACAAUGAUGAUGAAAUAGGUGAUUUACAACUGAGUUCGGAGAGAACAAAAAAUGGAAAUUAUUUCAUUUCAAAUUUACGACCUAGAAAGAAGCUCUAUAUUUUGGGACAUACGAUACUAACUUCAUCGGAAGCACUCGAAUUGAAUAAUAAUGAUCGCAAGUGGAUUGAUAUUAUUCAGAAGAUGGGUAUAAAGGAGGAGCAUUUGUUUAUUCUUGGAAAUCUUCGUGAAUACAUAUUUAGAACGAUUACCAACUCUGGAAUUUUAAUAAGAAAACGGGAAAGUGAGCUUGCUUUUAAUCAAUCAAAGGAAGCUCCCAAAUCGCCUUUGCACAUAUUGCCCGAGAUGAUAUUUUGGAAUCCUGAAGCUCCUUAUUCACCAUAUAUAUUAACCGAAAACGUGGAAGCAGUUGUUAAUAAAUAUGCAGAAUCCACGCACACCAAGCAUUCACAAACCGAAGAUGUGGUUUCACCUGAAUCUGCAGCUUAUGUUGGAACUGACAUGACCAAUGCGUUUGGAUCUACUACUAAGUCGUUGAAAGAAAGAGCAAACGAUAAGCAACAUCACCAAAAAUCCAAAUCUUCCGAAGCUAAUACUUUGUCUGAGGCAAUCAUGCACCGCAGAAAACCAACUAACCAGCGAAGAAGAACUGAUUCCACGGAAAAUUCUAUGCUUUCUACUGACAACGAGUCUUCAACUCAAUUGAUACAACAUCGAAUGCAUAAUAACGAUGAGCAACUAAGCAGGGAACCGUCUGUCGAAGGGGAAUUAAUUGGAAAAAACAAGCGAAUGGGCAAGUAUGGCUUAACUGUUGACUCGAAGGUUUCUGGUCUAGAGCAGUCAAGUCCUACUAUGUCGACAAACUCAAAUACGUUACUCGGCCUUGUUGCGAACGAACUCAGUUUAAGAGAUGGCGCCAAGAAAUCUUCUUAUACAGGAAGCAACCCAUAUGUAGCCAACUACCUUAAUAAAAUUUAUGCCGAAGCUGCAGUAGCUGCGGUCGAUUUUGGACCUGUCGUCGCUCCUAGCUGGGCAUCAUCUAUCUCACUCCGCAGAAGAGGAAAAAUUACAAACUCGAACAAACAAUCGAAUAAAGGUUUACAAGGGACUGACUGGCAACCAGAGGGAUCCCGUGUUACCCAGGUGAAUUUGGGAAAUGUCAAAGAGGGAGGUAUGAAGCGAAUCAUUGCAAGCCCUGAUUCUUUGUUUUUCGUUACACUGGGAUUAGAUGGGCUAGUUCGGGCAUGGCAAUUGGUUGAAAGUGAUCAUCAAAUUCCGCUUUGGAAGUGUGAAUGUCGAUUGGCAUAUGGCCAUACUCGUCGAAAUGGAGAAAGAAGCCGGUUUCCUGUUGUCAAUGGAUGCUUUAUGGGAAAUACGUAUUCAUUUGCAUCUGUUACACAAGAAGGAUCUAUUGAAGUCCAUCAGCUUGAUGUUUACAACCAAAAGCAUAAAAUUAUUUCAAGUAGCAGGCUUCCUAAUAUGGACAUCAAUGAUUCCAUAACAUCAAUGGAAUCAGCAAACUUUUACGACGGAAGUAUCCGCAUAGUAAUAGUAACUGCUUGGUCUAAGCUUUACUAUUUAGAAGCAGGAACUUUGCAAUCGUUGGCUUCUAUACAGUUGCCAAUUGACCGUGGAUCGGCCACUUCAGUUGCCGUCUCUGACGGAUGUCUAUGGGCACUUAUAGGGACUUCCAAAGGCUGGCUACUGUUGUGGGAUUUGCGUUUCAAUAUUCUGUCAACAGCAUGGAAGAUAUCAGCAAAAGUAGACAAAAUCGAUUUUUUGACAGGAAGAUUCAGAAAGGAACCAGCAUUUUCGCUGUUCGGCGAUGGGAUUAACAAUCCAAACAUAGACUCUCCAUCCUCCAUGGGACUAGGGGGAAGCUCAAGCGGAAGUUCUAAAAGUUUACGGCCGACGACACCAGUACUAGGGAACGCUAGCCAAGAUGUAAAAGCUAUUUCUACCGUAUUUGGAUGUACGACUGUGUCGAUAAGUUUUAGUCGGCUGAGAAAAGACAGAAGAGAAAAAACAAAAACUGAAGAUUUUGAAGAUAAUUCAUUCGAGGAAAUGAAUCGUUUAUCAUCCGGGGUUUUGAUUUUUGAUGUCGAGCGAGGAAAAUGUGAAGAAAUGUUUUUGGAUAAUUGGGAAUCCGAUGUGCCGCCUCCAUUUCCUACACACCAGGAACUCGAUGAUGCAAAUGAUUCGAAAUUGCGCCAACAGUCCUGGCUUCGCGAUCCUCCCCAAAAUAACUUGAAUGAUUCAUCCCAAGAGGAUCCUCAGGUGUAUCAUUCAGGAUGGCCAUGCUUGUCAGUCCCUGUUUACUACCAGAAGGACUCAACGAUAACCCAAACGGAAAGAAAGAUUCUAUUUGUCGUCGUCUCUCCUGGAAGUCCUCAUGCCUACAUGUGGGAUACGAGCAAUCCGUCUAAAAACCUGUCAAUUACCAACAUUACUGAAACAGCCAAAAUUUCAACUCUGCAGAAUGCACCUCCAGUACAACUACGAACAGUAGAACCGUCACAGGUCCGGCCGAAGUCCUCAGGUGUUUCUCGACCACUUUUGUUUCUUCAACAGCAAAAGUAUCUUCCUAAUGAAAACCGCUUCUAUCCCAUUGUUGACAUAGCUUUCCUUUACCGGCCUUAUGCUCUUACACUACUUAUUGACGCAUCGGGGACUCUAGAGUUAUGGACUUAA